CAGCAAGCGCGCAAGACGCACGCGGAUGAAAAAAAGUGUUGAAUAAAAAUAAAGUGCUUUAUUUGUUUAAUGCUGCAGUAAAGCACAGCAAGCAAAAGUGAAAUUCGGUUGCUAACGUGAGCGAGUGUGAAAUUGUUUAAUUAUUUGAUAAUCAAAUGGGUAACUUGGACGACGCGCCGUGCGAAGAACAAGGCUAUGCCGAAAAUGGCAAUGGCAAGGCUGCUGCUACACCAAUUAGCAAUGGACACACACCCAAACAAUGGAUGAAUCAUGCGGAGGAGCAGCAGCCGCACUUGGAGCAAGGCGAAAUAAAGUUCUCUGCGCCGGCUUACACUGAGAUUCGCACGCGGUCCGGAGGCCUAAAUUUCAAGACUGUCAACGCGGGCAGCUAUCAUCCGGCCCAGCAGGAGGCGUCCAAUGGCUAUGCAAACAAGCGCGUCAACGGCAGCUCACGCCAACAGCCGAAGCUCAGUCAGGCGGACGGCAUACUCUCCGCCGAGCAGGAGCAUUACCAGAAGACCUCGUUCGAGGAGGUGCCACUGCACACGGCCUGCUUAACCUACCUGGGCUUCUAUCUGCUCAUGAUCCUGGGCUACAUCAAUCAGCUGCUGUUUGUGCCCAAGGUGGCCACGGAAAAGAAACGCGAGGGCUAUGUGACGCUCUACGAUGCCUUCGAGAGUUUCUAUUCGCGUUAUGUCUACAGACGCGUGCGUGAUUGCUGGAAUCGUCCCAUUUGCAGUGUGCCGGGUGCUGAGCUGGUGCUGAAGGAUCGUGUUACCGAUGACUAUGGCUGGAGCUUUAGAUUCACAGGCACAGAGACGCGUUGCUUGAAUCUCGGCUCAUACAACUAUUUGGGCUUUGCUGCUGCCACAGGCGUCUGCGCGGAAGAAUCGGAGCAGCGCGCACGUGAUAAUGGACUCGCCUUCUGCAGCUCCCGCAGUGAAUUGGGCAACACUCAGCAGCAUCUGGAUCUGGAGCGUUUGACUGCGCGUUAUUGCGGCGUGGAGGAUGCCAUCGUCUUUGGCAUGGGCUUUGCCACCAAUGCGCUGAAUUUGCCCUCGCUGCUGGGUCCCAAUUGCCUUGUGGUGAGCGAUGAGAAGAACCAUGCUUCCAUUAUUCUGGGACUGCGUCUGUCCGGCGCCACCACGCGCGUCUUUAAGCACAACAACAUGCGGGAUCUGGAGCGUGUGCUGCGCAAGGGCGUCUGCUAUGGCAAUCCCAAGAACGGCGGCAAGCCCUGGAACAAGAUUAUGAUUAUAGUCGAGGGCAUCUUCAGCAUGGAGGGCAGCAUAGUGCGUCUGCCCGAGAUUAUUGCGCUGAAAAAGAAAUACAAAGCGUAUUUGUAUUUGGAUGAGGCGCAUAGCGUUGGCUCCAUGGGUCCCAAUGGACGUGGCAUCAUUGAUUACUUCAGAGCGAAUCCCAAGGAUGUGGACAUAUUGAUGGGCACGUUUACCAAAAGCUUUGGCAGCGCUGGUGGCUACAUUGCUGGUUCCAAAAAACUGAUUGACUUUCUGCGCACAAAUAGCCACGCCCAUUGCUAUGCCAGCUCCAUGUCGCCGCCCAUUGCACAACAGAUUUAUACUUCGAUGAGCAUUAUUAUGGGUGAAGAUGGCACCGACGCUGGUCGGAACAAGAUCACACAGCUGGCCAGGAAUACGCGCUACUUCCGCCGACGCUUGGCGCAGCUGGGCGUCAUUACCUAUGGCCAUGAGGACUCGCCUGUGGUGCCCAUGUUGGUCUAUCUGUUUUCCAAAAUUGGCGCUGUGGUGCGCACUUUGACCACACGUCAUAUUGCUGUUGUGGGCGCUGGUUUUCCUGCCACGCCCAUUAUGGAGGGACGCAUACGCUUUUGCCUUUCUGCUGCGCAUACCAAGGAGCAGCUGGACUAUGCGCUGGAUGUUAUAAACGAUGUCAGCAAGAAUCUGGGCUUGAAGUAUUCACGCAAACCACGCGAUCCACAUCCUAUUGAAUACUAAGGCACACACACCCACACACACACAUACACAUAUGUAGCCUGUAGCGCAUUCAGUACUGUCUCUGUCUUUAAUUGUUAACAGCAGUCAGCAGCAGUCAUUGAGUUAAUAAUAUUUAUAGAGUAUUGUCUAACAAUUGACUAAUUCCAAUAAGAACUCUGCCUCAGCCUCUAGCAAAGUAAA